CCGCAACCAACUUUUCGUCCUCUUCUUACAGCACGCCAAGUCACCCCCUCCAAUGUCAAUCCUGCAAAUCGCUGCUGAUACCGGCAGCCGGCACAGAAGAGCCCUGGGCCAAUCCUCAUCUUAUCACGUUUGACCCGUCUGUCGACUUUAGGGGUUCAAAAACCCGCGGCCAUCCUGUCAUCCUGUUAAUGUUGUUCCACACACAAACUCCAUGGACUCUCACAAGACGACUUUGAGCUCAUCACGCGGUAACCUAUUUUCGAAAUCGACCACCUCUGCUUAAUCAGGCAACCCACCACCCUGUUCAAGUCCGACGGAAACUCGAAUAGAUGCUGUCCUGGAGGGGUCAAAUGUUUGAAACGUGAAACAUGCUGUUCCCCUCACGCCGUCCCACGUUGUCUGUCGUUCCAUGACUGUGGGUGAGGCGCGAUUCCAGCUCACGAGCUGACAUGCCUGUGAGGUUGCGCAAGGCUCGCCUCAAAAAGCUCAGCACCGGCUGCAGUACGAUUCAACCAGGCUGAGGAACUGAACCAACGAGCGCCGAUGUUUUGACAUUCACACCCAUCUGGGUUUCUUCGCCGUCAUCCAGCUUGAAACAGCCCACGCCGCAGCCAGCUAAUGUUGGUGAUGCAACAACAACCCAUAGAGCCAUUCGGUAGACGCUGACUGACAUAGCCAUACUUGAAUUCGCUUGUCGGGCGGCCGAAUGCGUUAUAUAUAUCAAACAGCUUCACUGCCAUGCAAAAUAUGCAACGUCAGGACGAAAUUCUGUGAGGCUUCCACGCCCCUCCCUUGCAUCCGUUGUGCCCCUGGGCUCAUCAUGCAGAAGCUCCCUCCCCGCGGCCGCUAUGAUGUUUCUCGGGAGACAGGAGACAUGGACCAUCCCAGAAGGGAAGUCGAGCAUGAAUCGCCAGGUCGGGGACUGAAUGAUGCUGAGCUCAGGAAUGGGGCAAUUCAAUAAAGGCCCCCUGCAUGGCCGUUUUUGAGAUCUAGUGAUAUUGCUAACCUUCAUUACAGUAUACGGACGUCGGCGUCGUCCUACGAUACACAUGAAACGCUGUGUUCGCUCAAAUUUCCAGAUGCAACCAUGCAAGCCAGAUCGUGGGGGGGAAGAGAGUACUAUAAUGGAUGGUACUUGGGCCGGAUAAUAUUCACGGAGUGUUGUCGAGUUGCCCAACUUGUCCUCUCGACCGUGGUGUCAUGAUUCCAGAACAGUUUGUAUUCGAUGAGCCGCCAACAACAGUUGCUUGCUGUAUCAUAUUGGAAAUCAGGUAUUGCCCCUACUUCUGAUACGAUAAAGCACAAGGCGUUGGCCAAGACCACCUAUGUUGUCUUGCAAGUAUUAAUUUCUAGAAAUUAGAAUUGUCUCUUGUCUAGAGUUAUAAUCGUAGUAGGAGCAAUAUCCAGCGCUCGGACCAUUCAUUUCAUCUUCUCCCGCUCUUACAGCAACCCAAUCUUGCCUUGCAUGGGACGAAACAGUGGGAAUGCAAGUCACAUCUCGAGCCGACCGAAAAACCUUGGUCUGAGGCGUUCGUCCAGCAGUGGCUUCGACAGGGGUGGGUGAGGUGUUUUGGAGAAAACACCAGUGACUGGUGCCCAGUCUCGGAGCAAUGAGAGACGGCUCCCUUGCGUCCAGCUCAUCGUGCAUAAUGGUGGUCCCCCUUCACCCAUUAUCCAUACAUAGCUGGCAGUGCUUUUCUACCUCUGGCCUCGACGUGUCGGACCACACUGUUACCAUCUAGGAGAAUACAUAACCAGAAUACCGACCUCGACCUGACGCCUGCGCCGCCACAGCUUCCGUCAUCUAGUGGAGAGGCCAAGUCACCGAUACCGACACAGCCAACGGCUGAGCCGAAUAUAGCAUCGGUUGAGGGAUACUCCGUACACAGAAAACAAAAGAACAGAGCAAUAAGAGAAGUCAGGUUGCGUCGUAUCUAUAAUCUCGGCUUCCAUCAACACUCGAGCUCUCUUGAUCAGCCGGUUGGCCCCGAAUCUGACGGUGAUUUCACAAGAGGCUGGGGUUUGGUUCCUGGAACAGGCAAGUGGACAAGGGCACCCGGCCAAUCGCGUGAGCGCAACCGAGGUGUGGGUCACCCUUGCGUGCCACCGAAACGGGGCGCGCUAUCCUGUGUUCUGUGUUCCUGCCGCGGACGUUGGGUGAGGUGAGUGGCUCGACAGUGGCUGCCCCAGGGCAUUGAGUUUUAUAAUUAUUACGGCGAUCCGACUGCUGCCCGCCCGCAGCUCCUCCUCGUCGCCUGUUUUUCCAGCUUCUCCCCCCCCAACCCCAAUCACCACAGCAAUUAUAUCUGCGCCAUAGCAUUUAUCUGCUUCCGACCCAUUCACUCCGAGUAUCGCAUGCUGCUCCCGACUACAGAAUAACUCCAAUCAUUAGCGCAUGGUUUUCAGACGAGAGGAGGACGCCGACGACGACGAUCAGUUUGCGCGCAAACAGAGCUGGCAGUAAGGAACCACGAACGAGAGGCUGGGAGCUGCAGCAAAAGCCAGGGUCCCCCACCGCCAGCAUCCUGCGAUCCCAGGUCACGACUAUCGAUCACGGACGAAAGGCGGAGAACUAUUCAAAAGAGCUGAAAAGCCAACUGUGAAGGGGGGGCAACUUUGUCAAUUGAGUAAAAUCGCUUGGGGAAAGAAAGGACAAUAACGAAGAGAGGCCACCGACAAAACCUGAAACACAACAAACACCCGAGACAAUUUCUACGCGCGACGGUCAGAAAUCGCACGACAACAACACACAAUGGGGUCAACAAAAUUUGGCAACUUCGAGGACUUUUGUCGUGACACAACUCUUCCAGUCUGCAAUGUUCUCUCAAAAACCCAUAAUCAGGAUGGAGAUUGGGGCGGAUGCAAGUUGAGAGGCAUUACGCUGCCAGGCGAGGAUAGAUACCUCGGUAACUUGGGAUCGAUUCUGCUUGCGGGAAUUGCUAUUCUUGUCACCAUCUCUCUUAUUCUUAAGUCGGAAAGGAAAAGGGCAGCUGUCGGACGAAGGGAAAUGCAAGUGUUUUUGGUCGGUUAUCUGCUUGUGUCUAUUGCGGAGAUUUUCUCAAUAGGAGAAUUCCCCUUGAACGACCAAGUACGAGUGGUUUUCAGCGCUAUUCACAUUGGUGCUAUCGCGGCGACGACAUGGCUGCUUUUCAUCAACGGUAUUGUGGGUUACCAGCUGAUGGACGACGGCACGAUUCUCUCCCUCGCACUCACCAUCGGCUCGGCACUUGCAUGGCUCAUUGGUGUUGGAUACAUCGCCCUCGACACCGGUUACCAGUGGACUACCCAAUGGCAGGGCAGCCUUGAGCCUCCCAACCGCAGCAUUGCGCUCUACGUCACCUACCUCCUCCUGCCCCUGGUUUGGGUUGUCUUUUUUGUCGUCCUGGAGCUCGUCCUCGUCAUCAAGGUGCUCGGCGAGACGAGGCCGUUGCUGUUCCUGGGCGCGGCAGCUCUCAGCUUCGCCGUGGGUCAAAUCUUCAACUUUGUUGUCAGCCCCUACAUUUGCAACGGCACGUCAGGCGCCAUCGAUGGUUCUCUGUUUCAGACAUUAUUCACCUUUGUUGCGGUUACGGUGGUGUGGUUCUUUUGGUCUAGCAUCACGGAGGACGACUGGCCUAUUCAGCCGACGCAAUACCCAUAAAGUAAUGUUUUUUUUUGGGGGGGCAUUCAUGCAAACAAAACACCAAACCAAAACGAAAUCGAGUAACGAUUUGAGAUACCCGCGCACUUUUAUUAAUGACAGCAGCAAGCAAGCACACAUACUUUUAUGGGAGCAACGGAGUUUUACAGCGGUUUUUUCUUUUUUUUCUUUUUUGACGCUCUUUUGUCAUUCAUAUCUUGGGGGGGGGGUGGCGGUUAUUGAUAUUUUGGGGACGAAGAUGAGGAUGGAAGCGAUACACAGCGAGCGAGCCGAGACGAGUGGAAGGGAGGAAGGAAAAGUGGAAGAGAUUAUGAUACCAAGGGUUUAAUAUGGAUUAACUACAUACGGAAGUGCGAACCUGCACAAGGGAAACGGGCGAUCAAAGGGGAGAGUGAGUUGAAGUAUAACUUUCCACCGAACGAUAUAUCAUUAUAGCCACACAGAAAACGGGGGGUUUGGUAGGAAUGGAAUGGGAGAAAAAGAAAGAGAGAAAGUUAAUGUGAAUUUGAUGUGCGAUACAAGUGGGGAUGAAUGAAUAUGGUGGUGGGUUUGUGUUGUUGUUGUUGUAAUGAUGUUGUUGUGUUGGGUUGGCGAAGCGGAAGCGAGUUGAAUUAGAAAAAGAUGUACAUGUCUGUUUUUCGUGUGUUUUUGAGUGUGUGGCUGCUUGGUAGAUACCCUGUUUGAGCAAUCGUGGUUGUCUAGUCAGGAAUGGAUAGCAAUGUAAUGCGUACAGAGAGAGUGUGGUUUAUCAUAUUUUGCGAUUAUUAUGAAUGGCCU